UAGAGCGGGUUGUAUCUUACAGCAGCUAGAGAAAAACUUCUGAAGGAAUGUCUUGAAAUUGAGAUUCUUACAACUGAAGCUGAAAGUGUAGAAGUGGACUGAUACAAUCGUCAAAAGAUGAAUUACUUGGAAAAUGGUGUUAAGUUAAUCUACAAAAUGAUGCCCUCUCCAGCAGCCAAUAGGUACCAUGGCUUGUUGAACCAAGGAGCAACAUGUUACCUAAACAGUGUGCUGCAGGUGCUUUUCAUGACCGAAGACUUCAGAGAGGCUGUGGAAAGGCACACCUGUGAACAUCCAGGCACUGAGUGUAUCGAUCCUCAUCUUAAAUCCUUGUUUUGUGACUUAAAAGACCAUAUGGCACACACCUAUACAAUCACAAAGAAGCUGAGCAUCACCAACGUGUAUGAACAGCGUGAUGCUGCUGAGUACUAUGAGAAGAUUUUGGGUCUGACCAGUCCUGACGCAUCAAAGAUCUUUCACGGACUGUUGACACACAAGACCAUAUGUUCUGCAUGUCAUACUGAAACUGACACAGAUGGGGCAUUUUGGCAUCUUUCUCUUGCAUUGGUGGAUUACAGUGAACACUAUAGUGUAGUGAAUGGCAUUGAGGAGUAUUUCAGAGCAUCAGAUUUCAGCGGAGAAAACCAGAUGUACUGUGACAAGUGUGAUGCCAAAUCUGAUGCAACUAUUAAAUGUUUAAUAAAGCAUCAUCCAGAGGUUUUGAUGCUGCUGCUGAAGAGGUUUGAGUUUGACUACCGGUACAUGACAUACGUCAAAAUCAACCGCACUGUGGAUAUUCCCUACACCCUACAGAUACCAGAGAAUCAGGAAUAUGAACUUUAUGCAGUCGUGGAGCAUUUUGGAGAUCUCAGAAGUGGACAUUACACUGCAACAAUCAAGUCCCAGGAGGAUGAUAGAUGGUAUAACUUCAGCGAUGCUACGGUCACAUUGAUGGAUUACCAGCCAUUCCAGCUGGAUGACUUUGAGAAAUCCAGCAGCGCUUAUCUUCUUUUUUACAGGAAAAAGAAAGUGCAUCCUGCUGAUACUUGUUCUCAGGACAUCAGAGAGGUGCCUACUACUCCUGGAGGCUUCUCACCAUCUACCUGUGAUAUCUAUUAUCAUGGUCAAGAUGCUGCAGAGAGAGAGGAAUAUGAGAAGGCAGCAGAGGCGGGUAAUAACACAGCAGUAGCUGUUUCCAUCGACAGAAAUGAAGAAACAGGAAUUAAAGACUUAGUCAGUGUUCCAGAGAGGUCUAGAGAAUUGGUGGUAUCAUCUGACCUCUAUAUAGAGGAUCAGGACGUUAAUGCCAGGCCCAGUAUACCAUACAAUCAUCAGGAGUGUAAUGAGGAAAGGAAUGACUUGAGUUAUCGUCCUCAAGGUGCUCAUGCAGAAAGACCAAGAGAUGAGAAAACAGUGAUGGAUGAUGAGGACAAGAGUGGAAAUGCAGAGGCUAAAGAACAGGCAGUAAAGAGAGAAACUCAACUUGAAGUGAGUGUUACCGAUCAGGAAAAUGACAGUGGAAGACUAGAUGAUGUUAGACAUAAGAGACCACAUGAGUGUCUGGAGGAUGACGACAUAUCCAACACUUCAUGUAACCAUCAGAAGUAUAAACAGGAAGUCAGCAGUAUGCAUGAGAGACGUGAGUAUCCUCACCAUGUUGACAUGCAGAGAGAUGAGGAAAGAAUGGUGAUGGAUGUAAAUAAAGACAGGGAUGGAAAGAUGGAAGGUGAACAGUCAGAAAGGAGAGAAACAGAUUCAACAAAAUACAUCGACAAGGAUGAAGAGCAUCAGGUCGAUGAAGGUUUAGAUGAUGUAAGGAAAGGAACAUCAGAGAGACUUCAACACUCUGGUCAGGAUGUAGAGGAUCAGAACAAUGAUGUUAGACAGAACAGAUCAGAGUGGGUUACACGUACAACACAAAAGUAUGUUGGUGCAGCGAAACAGCAGGAAAAGAAAGGAGAUAAUGGACAUUUCCAAAGAAGAGAGGACUCUUCUCUUAGACGACCAGGAUUGGUAGCAAGCAGCAGCCAGGGGGACGCUCAAACAAAAGCUAGAACUGGAUAUAAUGAAGGAGCAAUUAAAGGAAGUGGUUCAAAGCAAUCAAAAACAUAUGAUGUGAUGAUAAUUGAGGAAGAAUUUAAGGAUGGUGUACAAAGAAGCUGUGAGAUUAAGAACAUGAGAAUAGAAACUUUAGCUGGGACCUCACAAGAUGGCAUGAAGAGUCGGGUAGAAUAUAAUGAUGGAAAUGUCAAAAGAAAAUCUGAUACAAAAACAGAUGCAAAGGUCAGUUUCUUAGAGGGUGUUCACGAUUUAAAAUUAAAUGACUCACCUGAACUAAAGCAACCAACACGCAGAAACAAAGGACAGUCUGAUGCAGCAGAUCAAGCUGGAAUAAAACAUGCAACGAAAGAAAGAGGUGAGAAGAAAAGAAAAUGGACGCUUCGCUUUUCACCCUACAAGCAAAGGACAAAGGAAAAAAAGAAACGCACAAAAACUACUGGGUGUUUUCCUUUUUCUUGUAAAAGUCGGAAAAUUGGAGACCAGACUUCAGAGUCAGAUUAAGACAAAAUGCAUACUUAGUCCAGAAUAACACAAGUUGUUAUUUUACAAGACUGCUUGUUAUUGUGGCGAUCAACAAGUAACAAGUUUUUUAUUGAUGCUUAUUGAUAGGCCUACUUUUUGGUAUUCAUGCAGUAUGGACAGUACUGUAAUAAUGUUGUUUUUGAGUUCAGUGUGGCUCAGUCUGUUUAAAAGAGCGCCUUUGCUGGUUUUGGAUCAUGUAAAAUGCAUCACUUCCUGUUUGCCACAGGAUUGUCUCUGCGUAAAAAGCAGCAAAAAGGUUUAAUAAUGAGAAAGGGGGUUGUUUUAGAUAAAAGUGCUAAUUGCAUCGGUCUGUAAUAAAAAGUAACACAAUGGAAAUUGACAUGUCAAGGAAAAACAAGAUCAUAUUUAUGUUAAGUUGAUUUGAAAUCACUUUACAGACUGUAUAAUCAGACAUUUUUUGUCUAUUGUUGCUCUUCUCACGUUGUACACAUUUACAGUUUAUACAGUUGAAGAAAUGUAUUGACCUAUUACAUUUAUACUUUAUUUCUUUUUGUUAAUUAAUUAAUUCAGAAAUAUGUAAAUAGAUUGCAAUGACUGUAUAAUAUCUAAUAUGAUUUUAGACAAGAUAUUAUGGGAGGAAAUACAAUUAAAAUGUAAAUCUUU